GAGAAUACUGCGCUUCACUACGCAGUAUCGCAUGGUAAUUUUGCUGUUGUUAGCGUUUUGUUGGAUUCGCGGGUAUGCAAUUUGGAUCGCGCUAAUAAGGCUGGAUAUACAGCGGUAAUGCUUGCAGCGCUGUGCGAUGCAUCCGAUGAGCUCGAAUCGGCUGUCAUUCACAGGCUAUUUCAGUUGGGUGAUAUAAAUGCUCAAGCUGUGCAGGUCUGUGAAAUGAGAAUCAAGUUAUACAAAAAGUGGAAGAAUUUGUUUUCUCCAAAUUUCCGUAUCGAAUCUCUUCUGCUCGCAUCACCCAUUCGAAAUAUUGAGCCAAAAAAAACUUUCCUUUAUCCAAAAAAUGAAAGGAGAAGUUUGCUUUCAAUUUGUUUGCUGGAUUUCGCUUGA